AUGGACGUACCAGUGGUCAGUGGCUGCCUGACAGGUACCUGCACUCCAAUUCCCGCCAAUUAUCUGGCAAAACUCGAACCUCCUUUGACCGCCUGGUGCAACGGCUCCAAGCUCCUGCUUGACAUAAUCAACUACACCUCGCCCUACAAUUACAAACAACCAAACGUAGUCGACUCUGGCAACUACAGUCCUUGGGACAGCUCCAAGAUUGAGUUUGGCACUCCCAUGUGCAGAUCAUUCUUCACGGUCACGCUGGAGGCCGACAUGCGCUACCAAGGCAUCUACGAGGGUGUCUCCGAUGGUCCACGCGCUGGAACAACCACGCCACUUGUCUACAUUGGCGGGCAAUCAGCUCCAACGAUCAAAGGCUCGAUGUACUAUCUAAAUAUUGAGCAUGGACCAGUGUAUCAGAGUGUAUUGGUCGAGAGUUUCUCAACCGGAAACGACUUUGUCCGACCCAACAUGAUCAAUCCAUGUCCGGCAGCCCAGCCACUCGUGCUGCUCCCAUCCAACGCGGACUCCAACCUGCUGAUCAUCAACAAGGAGCCAUACACUCUGAUCGACUUCACUCAUACCAAACAGAUCGAUUCAUUCUACAUGGGCGACUCUCGCACACCGAUAAAGGUGGUGCCAAUGUGGUCUGGCGCGAUAAAUCACACGACUUACCACUACCAAGCACUGUUCCCCAUCACCUACCCAUACAACCAGCCAUUCGUGGUCAACACUAGUCUUCAUUUCUUGACGUACAACUCGCCCAUGUCCCAACCAAUGAGCAACUCCACGACGAUCUUCACUGACAACAUCCAUAUGGCCACUCUCAAUGCACCAUUGUACGCACGUCUUGGCAAGGUCUGCACAAUGUUGGUGUACUCGAUCACUUUCAUAAAUGGAUUCCAUGACCAAGUUGAAGAGAUAUGGAUCAAGUUGCCUGCUGGUCGCAUUGCCUCAUUCAAAGAGUCAUUCGCAGGCAAAGGCUCUUACACUAGCCCUUUCCUCCUCGAAGACGACUGCCUUCUUACAAGUUGUGUUCUCACAUCAUAUGUCAUCACAUACACUGGCGAGGUCUACUUCUCCUCCUUUAGCAUCACCAAAGGUGACACGAUGAUGAUGGACACAGGAAUAAUCCAAAGAUCGAUUGGCUCAACGGUCCAGACAAAGAUGGGAGGCAAGGUGAUCAUACCAUCACUUCUCGUAAACAAAUGGAGUCUUGGCGAUAAUCUACCAUCAGAGUCAUUGGCCAUCCCUGUACCAAAUGGAUUGCUACCAGUCAACAGUUUGAUAUCAAAGUGCUUGGAAUAUCCAGCAUUCUUCAGUGGCUAUCUCCAGUUUGGCACGUUCACACCAGCCUUCAGUUUCCCAUCAGACACACCAACAUGUAACUACGCAUUCGCAGGUGGCAACUCAAGAGUCUACGACAUCCCCUCUCAUAACAUUAGCAACUUGGACCUCACGAGCCCUUUGGUCCACGUUACAAUGUUGACUCCUUCGGUUGGCACUGACAGGUAUCGACUGUUGAUCACUGUGAAGGAUGAAGUUGGAAUUGGCGAGAACACUUGUAAUGUCACAGUUGGCGAGAGAGACAAUGCCCUAACUGUCUACGCGCUGAACUCUGGAUCAAGGGCAUCAGGCGAUCAUUCGGUUGGCACUUAUCUAGUUGAUAUCGACUACUCUGAAGCACACUUCUGUCAUUCGCCUAUUACAAUCAUGUGCACGGACAUCAGAGGCUACACAACAUACGCCAAGUCCAACGAGUACUGUGUAGACAGACCUUGCAACGACCUUACCAAGAUCUUUAGCAACUUGCCCUCAUGCGAGUCGACUGUCACCCCCAUCUACCGCAGCCGUCUAACAUACUUUGGUUACGUAUUCAUAGUUGAGACAACAAUUCAAGUCAAUGCAAUGUUGUCUGGCGCAUUCAAGUUCAACAAUGCCACAGUGUGUAUGUUUGAUGACAUGGACAACAACAUGCCAAGCAAGAAUAUGUCAUGUGUUCAAUUACAUCAGACUGGAUUGAUGAUCAAGACUGGAUUGGUCAUACUCUCGGCCAACAUUACAUUCCCAGCACUCAGUGUCACCAAGAACUACUACUUCCGUCUACAAUACAGCAUCGACUCCACUCAGCCCACCCUCACACUCUCAUCAAGUGACAUAGCCUACUUUAGCCAAGUAACUGCUACCGACGCACAGUCCUAUUCCAACAACCAAGUGACCAUCAGGAACAUUGGAUACAAGCCAUUGCCAGUUGAUAUCAUAGUGAACAUUAUUGAGAAUGACGCGACUUCUGACCUCACAGUGCAGUUGACAAAGACAGUUAUCAACCCAUCGGACAACAUCAAGAACAUCACAAUCGUCGUCUUUGACAACUUCUUGCCACAACCAAAAUACAACAACACAUGGUACUACAACUCCACUCAGCUGCCCUUCAACCUGACCAGGAUCGUAACGUCCGGCUCGCAACUAUUGGCCUACGUGUCGUCCAUGUGUGACAACAACGAGAACUGCGAGUACUACCCCAUGUUUGGAUACUUUGCUAACAUCAACAUCUCUAUGUCUGGCACCACCGUGAUCAACGACAAUGUACUGACCAACCCCUCGAUCAAGUUUGGCAACAUGGCAAUCGAUGUCUCCAAGCCCCACCGCUACUCCAACUACAGCAUCUCAUUCACUAGCGCCACCACUAUCCAAUGUGGUGCCUACUACCCCAUCCUGUUCCUCACCGAACUGGGCUCGCUGGACGACCUGCAGUUCCCAGCCUCGUCAUGUUUCUCCAAUGGCAAUGCCCUCACUUUCAAUGGAUCCCUAACAGUGCCCUACUCCUGGGGUCUGCGCGGGGUCGUCGCCUCGGUGUGGAACGUUGUGGACAGGUAUGGAUACACGACUGGUGUGAUCUUUGACUCGCCGGUGCCCACAUUCACAAUAGACACGGUAACCAGAGUGGACCAUGCUGUUUUGGACUAUUACUACAAGACCAUCAAUAUCACUGGUGCUGGAUUCGUCGGUGCAGACUUCACACUCAAUGAUCAAUUGAUACCGUUCACACCAUCAUACCCUGAUCUCAACACUGCCAUCAUACCAUUCAAUGACGCCAUCUUCAAACCAUACCUUGACAAGUACAACUAUGUCAAGAUCAAUGGAGUGCCAUUCCUCCUUGACUUCUUCUAUUGUGUCUCAUUCGAUUGCAGCGGACAUGGAACAUGUAUCGAGGACACAUGUCGUUGUGAUCCAGCAUGGGUUGGUGUAGAUUGUUCUAUCAGCAGGAAUUAUACUUGUCCAAACAAUUGCAGUGGCAAUGGUGAUUGUGUUGAUCAGAACUGCAUGUGUCACAAUGGCUACGCAGGUCCAACAUGUAACCUGCACAUCGAUGAAGUCAAAGCGGACAUGAACUUCAAGGAAGAACCAUCCACAGCCACAACAAUAUUGGGUGUUUCCAACGAGGCCAAUGACACCAAGCUCACACCAGACUCGAUGUCCGUAUCCUACAAUAUAUCGAUUGUGGCCAUUCAAGAGAUGAGCUAUAAUGACUCGGUGGCCAACAACAUCAUACUCAAUUGGAAGUUGGCAUCGACCACGUCCAACUCGACCAAGUACACUAUUUCAAACAUGGGAGGUAUCCAAGAUCCAUCAAACACAAUCACAUUGACAAUUGACAAGUUCAUGGAUGGUGGACAGACCACGUGGGCCAACAAUGUGCUCAACUUCCAACCUAACACAAUCAAGUACACAGUGAGAUUUGAUGGAUAUAACUUCACCAGUCAGCUCAACUACAUCCAGAUCAUAUUCGAGACAGUGUCGACAGGUGAUUGUGUCCAACGACAGAAUGAGAACAUCACUUGGGGAGCAGCAUCACUUCAAGAUAUGCACUACUUUGUCAUCCCACAACAUCAGAUGCAAUGUUACGGCAGAUUCCCAACAUCGGUUAUCUCAGAUGGUCGCAUUUUGUCCAUUUCAAACAAGAUUAUCUCGGCCGCGGAGCCAGUGCAGAUCGCCACAGCCGUACCAUACUUCAAGAAGUCGGCGGCGAUCGAUCCGGACUUCUCAGUGUUGAUCUCAUACAAUCAAGCUAAUGGCAAUGCUGGACAAUGUGACAUCAUUGGGCCAAAGGAUGGAAUGAAGCCAUAUGUCAUCCCACUGAUCGUCGUUGGCUGUGUGAUCUUUGUGGCUAUCGUUGGACUGGCAGUGUUCAUCAAACUGAAGAAGAGUUUCUUUGUCCGCCACACCCUACACAAGAUGAGAUCCAAGAACAACUUUAGUUCUAACAAGUUGGACAAUUUAUAA